UUUAGAAAAAUGAGAAUCAAGACGUAAAAGAUAACCAAUGUCUGUUUAGCAAAGGGGACGAGCAGCCUAGGUUUUCUCUCUUGGUAUUGCACUAAAAAUUGGGCUUAUAUUCAUCAUCCCCAGCAUCAAUUUAUCUUACGUUGCAGUGAUUUCUUCUCAAAUUCUUCAUCAUCAAACUUGAGAAGAAUUCAGGGAAAGAUGUACCUUAAAUCACAGUUGUCGUGGAACGUAGUAAUUCCUGCUGAGAACCUUGAUGCUAAAGGGUUGAUGCUUAAGAAGGCAAUUAUAAUUCACCUUAUGGAUGAUUUUGCUGCUAAGAAGGCCAUGAAAGAUUUGGGUUAUUUCCUUGCUGUAACUACUGUGGAGCGCAUCGGGGAAGGAAAAGUUAGACAGCACACGGGAGAUGUACUCUUUCCCGUAGACUUCAGCUGCAUUACCUUCAAGAUCUUACCUGGAGAAAUUCUGGAAGGCGUUGUGCACAAAAUCUUGAAGCAUGGAGUCUUCUUGAGAUGCGGACCAACAGAGAAAAUAUAUCUAUCGCAUCAAAAAAUGUCUGACUAUCAGUACGUGCCUGGGGAAAAUCCCUUUUUCAGGAAUGACAAAUCAUCAAAAAUUGAGAAAGGUGUGGUCGUGCGCUUUGUGGUGAUUGGGGAGAAGUACGUUGAGGCUGAGAAGGAUUUCCAGGCGGUCGUGAGCCUUGAGGGCGAUUACCUUGGACCUAUUUCUUAGGAAAUCUCUGUUUAUCCCCUUUUCUCUCAUUAGGCAAUUUCUGUUAUGUAUGUUCUGUACUAGACUCUAGAGUUUUGAUUAUGCUUAUGUAGCAAGUUCGUACUGUUUAUCCUCGUGAUUAGAACAUUUGGCUUUAUGUUAUGUUACUGUUUCCAGUGUCCUUUGUGAACUUAACCUUUGUUAGUACAUGCGAGCACUUGAUGUUUGCUAAUGUUGUUUUUACCCGAAAUUUAUCUGUAUAUUCUAGGCAGGGGUUGUUUUU